UAGAAGAGGAAGAAAGGCAAGACGAGAGUGUUGACACCAACACCAGACAAGAUCUAUCUUUGGUGCGGCUCCAACUGUUGCUGGUCUUCACGAUAAUGACAGUAUUGCUUAAUCUCUCUCUCUCUCUACUAGAGCUAGCUACUUUAAAAUAAAUACAAAUAGCACACCACCAUGAAGCAAACGUCUUUGCCGUUCCUCGCCGUUGUGUGCUCCGUGGCUCUGACGAACAACCGGGCUGCCGCCCGAACUUUCUUUGAAACAAACCCUACAACCAAAGUCCGAUUGUUUGCAAAGCGAAACACCAUUAUCAACCAGUUUUAUUAUAACGAAGCGGCCGUCCAACCCAAACCAACCACACCGUUGGCAAAUGACGACGACGACGAUUUUAGUAGGACGGUUUGGAAUACGAUUCGUGGUGGAGCUACAAGCACAACCACCAUGACGGAUUCGUUUUUGUAUGCCAUGGAUUUAUUGGGUACGGCCGUCUUUGCCUUUAGUGGAGCCCUGACGGCCGGUAACAAGGGAAUGGAUCUGCUGGGAAUGGCAAUUAUUGCAGCCGUGACCAGUUGUGGGGGUGGAACCUUGCGAGACAUGGCACUCAAUGGGGGAGUGGUCUUUUGGAUGAAAGAACCUCUGUACCUUGUCAUUUGUAUGGGAGUGACAUUGGCAACCUUUUUUGUGUGGCCCACACUGGAACAGACAUUGGGGUGGAAAGGCUCCGAAGUACCGGUGUGUACGGCAGAUGCCGUAGGUUUGGCGGCAUUUGCGGUCUUGGGAGCCCAAAAAGCGCAAAGACAUGAAUUGCAUCCUAUUAUGUGGGUCGUUUCGGGGCUGAUGAGUGCUUGCUUUGGGGGAGUGAUGCGUGAUGUGCUGUGUUUACAACGACCCAGGAUUCUGUAUCCCGAACGGACCAUGUACGGCACCGCACCCGUCAUUGGAUCUACCGUUUAUGCCAUGUUGGCGCAAAGGGCGGAAUGGGAAAUGCACACUCACAGAAUUGCAUCGGUCGCCUUUGCCGUUACCUUUUUGGUGCGAAUACUGGCUUUCAAUAAUCCAAGGAGGGUACCCCAUUGGAAACAGAAUGAAAAUUUGCUACAAAAGGUAAUGAGAAACUAAUACAACUCCAAGCCAACUCGUUUAAAAUUUCAUUGUGGACUGUGGGCUUCAU